AGGAUCUAGCUCCCAGUCCAAAAUCCACCUGCUGAUGCUGAGACCUGGGAGAGCGGAGCGGAGACCCAGUUUCGCACACGAGGGGACCGUAGCGCGGCCGCUCUGACAAGUUUGUUGCUUGACUAGUUGGAACUGAGAUCGGAGUUUUUUUUUUAACGAGGAAUGAUGGAUUUGCAUGCAUUUUGUUAUUUUCUAUCGGGAAUUAUAUUUUCUGGCCUGGCACACGGACUGGACAUCACCUCCACGGGGCCCAGGUCCAUAGAGAAAGCCAGCGGGGAUAGUGUAACGCUGGACUGUGACUUCACGCUGGCCCCAGAGGACUCUGGCCACCUGGACAUCGAGUGGAGCCUCAUGGCGUCGGACAACCAGAAUCUGGACAAAGUUAUAAUCCUCUUCUCGGGCGGCAGGGUUUAUGAAGAUUACUACCCCGCUAUAAAAGGCCGGAUGCACUUCAGUUCUCUGGACCCGAAAGAUGGUAACGCCUCGGUCAACCUGACGAGGCUGGAGGUCUCCGACACGGGAACAUACCAGUGCAAGGUGAAGAAGGCCCCCGGGAUUGGGAGCAGGAAGAUCUUCCUCUCUGUCAUGGUCAGGCCCUCCAGACCACGCUGCAUUAAGGAGGGCCAGGCCCAGGAGGGGAAGGACCUGGUCCUGCGGUGCCUGUCUGCGGAGGGGACCCACCCCCUGCAGUACACCUGGGAGAGGACCAGCGACGGCAAGCUGCUCCCCACCAACGCCGUGCUGGACUCUGUCAGCGGCAUCAUGACCAUCAGGAACGCCUCUGCCAGUGCUUCCGGAACAUACCGCUGUACCGCCAAGAACCGCGUGGGCGCAGACGAGUGUGUCCUUCACCUGCGCAUCACACCCUCCCCGAACGUGGCCGGCAUCAUCGCCGGAGCCGUCAUCGGAGUUCUGCUGUCCCUCAUCCUCAUCGCCAUCAUCCUCUUCUGCUGCUGCCGCGCCCGCAACAGGAAGAAGUACGAGAAGGAGAUCGCCUACGAGAUCAGGGAGGACGUCCCUCCCCCCCGGAGUCGGGUGUCGGUGACGCGGAGUCUAACGAGCGGGGCCAGCCAGCGGUCCUCCCUGGGCUCCAUGUGCCCCUCCAGCCUGCAGGAGUACGUCCCCAAACCGCAGUACGACCAGGUCCCCACCGAGGACCACGACCGCCCACCGCCCGCCCCCAAAACCACCGGGCCCAACCUAAGCCGCAUGGGGGCGGUCGCCGUCAUGAUCCCCGCCCAGACCCGGGACGGCUCCAUCGUCUAACCGCCGGGGGUCCAGUCACAAAGACCCCUUCCUCUGCGCGAAUAUCCUGCUUCAUGAGUCGGACACGACCGUAGAAUCUGUGACUGAACCGCAAACACAUUCUUGUACAUAGGACACUGUACUGUAAUGAAUAGGGACUGAAAGCCUGAAUGCUUUUUUUAUUGGUCUGUAGAGAAUUUUCCGGAACUGUGAAUAGCAGUUGUUUUAUUGGCCUGUGAGAUGAAUUCAUGCCAGUCUGGGCGCCGAUGGACUUACCCGGACUGGACUACACAGAGUGCUGAUGAAAAUGAGAGCUUCUCCAUAUCCAUAAUGUUACACUGUUCCCCUGUGAACACAUUCAUCUCUUCAGGGGAACCCUGGCGUAAGAUCGAAGGGUUUUUAAGAUGUUGUCCGUAUGUUAUUUUUAACAUUAGCUUCAAUGUUUUUAAGAUCUGAUAUUCGGAAGUCACAUGUGACCUAAUCCAACAAGGAGUUAUAUAUAUUCUUUGAAACUUUUCACACUGCAGUGAGUUGAGAGAAAGGCAUUCAAAUCUAAUGUGGGAUUUAAAAUGUAUAAAAAAUGUACUGCUUUUUAAAUAUAGAAAUAUGCAGCUGGACUGUUUCCCAGUCAGUUUUAUUUCAUCAUUAGAGAGAGCUUUUGAAUAAUCAAUCACAUUCCCCAUGAGUCUUUCCCCGGCUCUUAAUCCACUUCUUUGUUUCAGGCAGACGAUGCUGGAAGUUUUCAGAGUGCAGAGAGUUUAGGGAGAGGUUCACUUCUCAUUCACAACCAUACGUUUGAGCUGUGUGAGAGACACUCUUCUCCAGACAUUGCCAUGAUUACAGAUUACAAUAACUAAUUUUAGAAAAUGGACGCAGGGUCUGUAGCCUAGUGGCUAAGGUACAUGAGUGGGUGCAUGUCUUGGCCCUGGAAGGUUGGUGCUUCAAGCCGUGGUGUAGAUAUGAUAAGAUCCGUGCAGCUUUUGGGCCCUUGAGCAAGGCCCUUAACCCCACAUUGCUCCAGGGGGGACUGUCCCCUGCUUAGUCUCAUCAACUGUAAGUCACUUUGGAUAAAUAUGUCAGCUAAAUAAUAUUUAUAACAAAAGGUUAUAUUUUAUAGUAAAAAUGUUAAUUAUCUCUAGGUACUGGAUUUCAAACUUCUCUCUCCAGGGAAAGGUUUGUGGGUGUUUGUGUACCUGCUGAAUAGAUCAUGGGAGGAUGAUUGGUGCCAAAAAGUCAUUUAAAUUUUAAUUUUAAAGUCUCAUCAUCCUCACUCACUCUCAGCUGCACUCAAUCCACGUGUUAACUGCUGGUUUCAUUAGGCAGGCCUUUGAUGACGGCGAACACUCUGAUGUGUAAUUCUUUCUGACUCGAAACUACAACUACGGUCACAAAACUACGGUUACGUGAAAUGUGAAAAGAACCCCUGCCUUGAUUGAGCUUGAGGUGACCAGUCUCGGUCAGUGUGUCCUGGGGCCGUUCUGUGCCGGGGAGAGCAAUGCUAGCUGUGCCUUAGCACUUUGUCUUGGUCAGCGGAGAGACGUUUCUCACCCAGGGCCCGUGAUCUCCAGUUCUCCAGUGUGCUCUCGGGACCCCACUCCCAGCCCGGCUGGAACACGAACGUUCGUUUUGCUGUGACCUGUCCCGUGUGCAUCGCCCCCUGUCCGUCAGCGGGCAGUGUUGUGCGUGCAGUAUCUACGCUGACGAAGGGCUGUGCAGUCUGCACAUGGUCCAGCCCAAAUGUGCACUGGCGAAAAAUGACUGGAAAUACACCUGCUAUUUUGUAUCCUUUGUUUCAUUGUAUUUUUCGUAUGUAGAUAAUAUUGUGGGCAUUUUUUUGGGCCUUUUUCUUUUUUUUACAGUAAGCGAUAUUACGUCCUGCAUGGCGAUGAAACUAACAUCUUAAUAAUCACAUUUCCUCUCAGGCUUCAGGAGUUUUGUGUGUAUAUUAGGACUUUACUCUAUAAGGAUUUGUAUAUAAGUCCACAUCUAUUUUCACACUUGUCAGCAAUAACCUUUUUAACUAAUGUGGUCAUGUCAGUGUGUGCUAUCUGUGGAUGAAAUAUUAAAAGAUUAAAUGCCACUGCAUGGUUUAGACUUCAAAAUGGA